AUGCAGAAGCUUGACCUAAUUAGGGAGAAUCUAUACCUCGGCGAUAUUUGUGCGGCUGCUGAAAUCCUCAAGAAUGGUAGCUCUGAGAUUUCACACGUUCUUACAGUUUUACACUGCCCUUCCAUAUCCGUGUUCGAGGAAUGGCAAAACGUGAAACUAGACUCCAAAGAAAUCAAAGAAGUUUAUGUUGGUGGUGAUGAUCAUCAAGGCAGAGAGUUUGCGACAGAGAGUGCGUUGCCAUCUGGCAAUCUUCUAUAUUCACUUGAGCAUACUGGCAAAGAUCUCAAGUUUACUAGAAUGGCUGUCUUUGCUUACGAUAAAGAAUGGGAGAAUCUACUUGAUUUUUUCGAUAUUUGCUUGGACUUUAUUGAUGCUGGACGUAAAGACAAAGGUGUUUUAGUUCAUUGCUUUGCAGGAGAAUCUCGAAGUGCUUCUAUGGUUACUGCGUAUCUAAUGAGGACCGAAAAGCUUUCGUGUCAAGAUGCGUUGGCGUCACUGAAGCAAAGUGCUCACGCUAGACCCAAUCUUGGCUUCUUAAAACAGUUGGAUUUGUUUGAAAGAAUGAACUUCAAAGUUGACCGUUCCAGCCCUAUUUACAAGCAUUUCCGUCUAAAAACUUUAGGUUAUUUAUACAGCAAAGAUAAGAGAUUUGACAAACUAAAGUUAAGGGCUGAUCCAGGAAUGUCAAACGAGGGUAGUGGUAGUACGUACCAGUGCAAGAAAUGCAGGAAUGUUUUGUUGUUUGAGAAGCAAGUCAUUGUUCACACUCCUGGUGAGGCUGAUUUAGAGUUUGAUAACAUGUUUAAAAACAUGAUGGGAGAGGUUAACAACAAGAAUCCCGGUGAUCAGAAAAAAUGUACUUCUAUUUUCGUUGAGCCUCUCAAUUGGAUGAAUGAAGCUGUGGAAGAUGAUGUGCCUGAAGGAAAGUUAUUGUGUCCCAAGUGUAAAGCUAGACUUGGAAGUUUUGACUGGUUAGGAAGUUUUUGUAGCUGCGGAAGCAAGAUUGUUCCUGCGUUUCAACUUCAGAUGAGCCGUGUGGAUGUUAUCAAUGUGAAGGAUGACGUGAAGAAGAAGAAGAAGAAUAUGAAGCAUGAGAAGAAAAGAGUCUAG